UUAAACUUUAUCCCGGCAAUACGGCAAUGAAUGAGAUCCGCGCCUGCGCGCUACGAGCUUCAGUCAGCUCAUUUCUGACAAAAUGAAUUUUACUUAUUUUGCAGUUAACUAUAGCGGAGCCGAUAAAAAUGACUAUGGAGCAGUAUUAUAUGGAUGUAGAGCAGUUUGGAGCAGUUUGGAGCAGUUUGAAAUAUUGUUUAUUUAAAAAGAUAUGGCUGUAUCAAAAUUAAGAUAAUUUAUUUUUUUUCCCAAAUCUUUAUUGAUUUAUUUCAUUCAUUAGAAAUAUAAGGUGGAGCAGUUUAAUCUGGCGAUGUUUUUGGAUAGAGCUAAUUAAAAUACAUCGGUCAGUAUUUUUAUUAUUACAAAAAAUAUACUUUUAUAGGCUGGGGCAGGGGGGGUUCGCUACCCCUCACUAUUCCUUUUUACGUGUGAUAGCCCUAUGUACUUCGUCAUAUAUUUUAUAGCUGGCGAAGAUAAUAAACAAUUCAUAGUGCUCUCUACAUUACCGACGGUGCAAAAUUUGCAAGGUUACGGUUAAGGAAAAGUAUUAUUUGAUGCGCGUUUUUUUUUUGUUAGGCAUAAUGUUAAUAAGUUACAUCAACGAUUUUCUGUGAAAAUAAAAGAAUUGGCCAAAAUGACAGAUCGGCAGAGUAAUUCUAAAUCGCCAAAUCGGCACGAUUCAAUUUCGGCACUCGACUUAAUUGAUAGUUUUGAUGAAGAACAUGAUAGCCAAAAUUGGAAUUUGUUACAAAAAGUACAUGAAACUUUCAGCCAACAAAAGCAUGGAAAGUUUCGGCACAGUCGAAGGCAGAGAAAAAAAAAGAAGGAACUAGAAAAUUGUUCUCAAAUAAAACACAGAAGUACAUUGGAUGCUGUAAUUUUUAAUGAGAUGUGUGAUAAAGCUGAUAAAGACUGUGAAAAUGAAGUAAAAGAGGAAACAGUUAAAGAGGGAAAUCGAAAAAGUAAACGUUCAUUUAAAUUAUUGAGAACAAAUGAACGAGACUCAAAACAUGAUGUUGCUGGAGUUAAUUAUUAUGAAACAAAUAAUAAACAUUGCUGUUUACUUCCCAAAAAUAUCAAGGUUGAAACUAGAAAUAGGUUCCGAUGUUUGUUGUCGAAACCAGUUGAUGAUGAAAAAAAAAAAAAUAAUAUUCCUCCUGCACAAGUAUCAGUUGGUGCUGCAUGCAGUGAUGACUAUACAUAUGAUGAGCCUACUUCUCCAAUCUCCAAAAGCUUAAAAGAAAGAGAAACUUUUCAUGACACAUUCUCUUUUCUCAUUCGAUUAGGAAGUACAGAUAAAGAUCGAUUCUGUCAAAGACAAAUAAGUCAAGAAGAAACAAGAUGGCAAAACGAAUUAAAAGAUUUAAUAUGGCUAGAAUUGCAGGCUUACAGAGCUGAUAUGACACCAAUGGCAAUGGAUGAAUAUCUUUGCAAACAACGAGAAGCUGUUGGGGCACUUUUACAAGAAAUCAUGGCAUACAGAUUUGAUGCUGCAACAAUGCUAACUAAUGAAACAUCCAAAUUAAAUUCUUCUGGUGGUAAAAUUGAUGUACAGUUAUGUGGUGGAUGUUUGUCUAUGUACUGCCAAGACUGCACUUGUGCUCAAUCUGAAGCUUUAAAACAAGUAGAAAAUUUGUUAACAAGACUUGAAGCUGCUGAAGCUCUCUUUCCAUCAUUGCAGGCAUUUUCUCUGCAGUAUCCUAUGUAUAGAAGUUCAAAUUUUACUGGACGUAUAAAAGCAAUGUGUCUCUGGUAUAACAUGACUAAAAAUCAUAGACUUAAAUUGAUAAUCUUGGGAAGACUGCUGACAUUACUUCACCGAAAUAAGAAACUAGAUGAUUGCUCUUUAUUGGAUUGUACAUUUGGCCGCGCCUUGGGGUGUGAAUCGGAUCGAGAUGUCCAAGUGCUAAUUAUAGCUGAUAUAGCUCUUCUUUUCCUCUUGCGCGUUUCGUAUACUGCACGCUGUAUUCGUUCGAGUAUUCGUUCUGUGAACAAUUUACUAUCAGCGCCACUUUUGCAGCAAGACUAAGUAUUGUUGGUUUACUAAAGUACAUUGGCUUAUAUAGAAAGUCAUCCAAAA